AUGUCUAUGCCUGCUGUUGGAUUUGUCGGCCUUGGAGCCAUGGGCUUCGGCAUGGCCACCCAUCUUGUGAAGGAGGGAUACCCCGUUCACGGCUUCGAUGUUUUCCCCGCUUCAGUGGAGCGCUUCAAGGCAGCUGGAGGAAUCCCUGCCUCAUCACUGAAAGAAUCUGCUGAUGGGAAGGAGUACUAUGUCUGCAUGGUCGCUUCAGCACCCCAGGUGCAGUCUGUUCUCUUUGGCGAGGAUGGCAUUGUUUCUGCUCUCCCUCAGAACGCGACCCUUCUUCUCUGCUCAACCGUCCCUGCGUCCUAUGCUCAGUCCGUCGCGGCCGAGCUGCAAUCGCUUGGCCGUGGCGACAUUCAGUUCAUCGAUGCUCCUGUCUCUGGCGGAGCUAAGCGUGCUGCUGAUGGCACUUUGUCGAUUAUGGCUGGUGCGUCAGACGCUGCUCUAGAGAAGGGUAAAUUCCUGCUCCAGGCCAUGUCCGAUGCGAACAAGCUGUAUCUCGUCCCUGGAGGAAUCGGUGCCGGAAGCAAUAUGAAGAUGGUUCAUCAGGUGCUGGCGGGUAUUCACAUUCUCGGUGCUAGCGAGGCUAUGGGAUUUGCUGCUCAGUUGGGCUUGGAUGCCACAAAAACUGCAGAUGCUAUUAAGUCGUCUGACUCAUGGACGUGGAUGCAUGAGAAUCGUCUGCAGCGCAUGCUGGAGGAGGAUUGGCACCCCGGUGCUAGUGCCCUGACAAUCAUUCUCAAGGAUGUGGGAAUUAUCACUACCUCCGCCCGUCAGAACCAGUUCCCUACACCCCUUUGCUCCACGGCUGAGCAAGUGUAUCUUUCUGCUUUGCUCCAGGGCUACGGACCCGUUGAUGACUCGUCUAUGGUUCGCCAAUAUUACUCAGAGCCAGUCCUGAAGGUUUCGAAUACCAAAUCUACCGAGGAAAAUGCCGAAGCUCUCCAGCUCGUGCUUGAUGUUAUGCAAUUGACCAACCUUGUGGCUGCAGCGGAAGCUAUUUCUUUCGCCAAGUACCUCGAAGUUGAUCUCAAGCAGUUCUUCACCCUUGUCAGUGAUGCUGCAGGCUCUAGCAAGCAGUUCAUGACCAAGGGUCUGGAGAUGAUCGAGGGCCGCAUUGGACAGAACUCCGAGACAGUCAAUGAUGUUAUUAACCGUCUGGAGAAGGCUGUACAGAAGGCACGAGACCUGCACUGCCCAUUGAACUUGGGCAAUGCGGCCAUGAGUGUUUUGCUCAUGGCUAAGAGGGCAGGACUUGGUGCUGAGGGAAGCACCAGUGUGAUCAAGGUGUUUGGAAUUUAG